UUUUCUGAAGUGCGCAUGCGCGGUGCCUGCUCAGCUGACAGCAGCCGCAGCAAGAGCAGGAGUCAGAUGAUCAUGGCAGACUCUGGAAAUAGCGAAGAGGUAGCUGUGAUUUGCAACACCGACAUCACUUCAACGGAGUCGGAGAACAACAUAAUAAACACGAUGGUGGAGAGAGGCACAGCUCUGCUGAAGAAAAUGGAGAUAAGCGUGACAGAGGCUGAUAAGAGGACAGGGAAGAACACUGUUAAUAUGCAAGAAACCUACAGCGUCUACCUCAUAGAAACACGGCCAGCUGAAUCGGCUUCAGAAGGAGGUACGCCAGCUGCACCUGAUUCUUUGUGGAGACGCUACAGUGAGUUUGAGCUUCUUAGAACAUACUUCCUGGUCACGUAUUCCUACAUCAUCAUCCCUCCACUACCAGAGAAAAGGGCUGAGUUUGUGUGGCACAAGCUUUCAGCAGAUAACCUCGACCCAGAUUUUGUAGAGAGGCGGAGAGUUGGUCUGGAAAACUUCCUGCUGCGUGUUGCAUCACAUCCUGUCCUGUCAAAUGAUAACAUUUUCUUCCUCUUUCUCACAGAGGAAAAGGGGUGGAGGGAAGCAGUUCUUGAGACCGGUUUUCAAGACAAGGUGGACUCCAGAUUAAAGUCUUUAAGUGCCAUGUUCAGAGUCAAGAAUCCUGACAAGCGAUUCACAGUUCUGAAACACUACAGUGAUGAAUUAAGCACUGUCAUCUCUCAGUUACUCAGGAUCAGAGCGCGAGUUGCAGACAGACUGUAUGGAGUUUAUAAAGUCCAUGGCAACUAUGGCAGAGUUUUCAGUGAGUGGAGUGCUAUAGAAAAAGAAAUGGGAGAUGGGUUACAGAGUGCUGGGCACCACAUGGAUACGUAUGCUGCAUCAAUAGAUGACAUACUUGAAGAAGAAGAGCACUAUGCAGACCAACUGAAGGAGUACCUCUUCUACACUGAUGCUGUCAGGUCAGUCUGUAGAAAACAUGAGUUGAUCCAGUAUGAGCUUGAGAUGGCAGCACAAGACCUCGCCAACAAGAAACAGCAGAAAGAAGAGCUGGUAACUGGGACAGUGCGGAUCUUUUCUUUGAAGGGAAUGACCAGUAAAUUGUUUGGCCAAGAGACUCCGGAGCAGACGGAGAGCAAGGUGGCAGCCCUGGAACAGAGCAUCCAGGAGGGAGAGGAUGCUCUCAAGGCGAAGAACGCAGAGAGCCAAGAGUUUGUGGAAAAAACAUGGAACGACAUUGAACGGUUCAAGGAGCAGAAAGACAAAGACUUGCGUGAAGCAUUGGUCAGCUAUGCCAUUAUGCAGAUCAGCAUGUGUAAGAAGGGAAUUCAAGUGUGGUCCAACGCCAAAGAGUGCUUCAAUAAAAUGUGAGCCAUUUUAUUGGCUAAUCACCCUCUGCACCAAAACAAAUAAUCUUCUUUCAGAUAGUACAGACAGAGAUUUGUCAUCGUUUAAUCUCACGGAGAGAAGCUAGGUGCGCAAACGCUUCCUCUUUUUUGCUUUCAAUGUUACUGAUAAUACUUCUGUCAAGUUAUCCGCAUCCUUCCAUCUUAUGAUCAUUUAUUUAAUUGAAAUACAACCAGUGGAGUUGAAAUCAGAUAUUGAAGAGAAUCCUCCUUUUGAAUGCCUGUGUGUUAACUGUUUCUUAACCUUCAGACUGCAGGCAAUCCAGACUUUAUGCUCUCAUCAUCAGUAGCAAACUUAUUAGCAUGACCAAGUGGAAAGUUUGGCACUAACUGCACAAUUCUAAAUUUAGGCUGUUUUUUGUCAACUGUCUUCCUAAAUAAAAAGAUUUCACAGCAGAUUUCUUCUUUAAGUCUAGUCAGGAGAAGGCUCCUGUUGUACAAAACUUAAAUUAGUGUUUCCACCUGUGGAAAACUCUUAACUAUUAGUUGAUAAAAAUGACUCUAAGCUCACGUAUUUGAGGUGAAUACUUUCACUUGCAUCACUACGAAACAGCUUCAAGUUUGUUUGUGCUAAUUUGGCUUUUUUGCUUGAUGUAAAACCUUCAAAGAAUUUGAGGCUGUUGGUAAAACUCUUUAAAUUUUAUGUAAUAUUUUAUGUAAUAUCCAGGAGUUUGAUGACUGGCCAAAGAUCAUUUUUUAAAAGCGCACACUGCCUCAAACGAUGAAUACCACUACAUCACCAAAUUUCCUUUAGUCUUGUUUUUCAUGUCAUACUGUACUUAGUAUUUAUGGUACUGUUAAUUGAAAGGUGACCAAAUUUGUGAUGACCAAGUGCUUUUAAGGUACAGAUGAAGAAUAUUAAACUGUUUCACUUUUGAAAAAGAAAGAAGCAAAGUGUACGUUCAGGCGAAGGUACAACCUAAUAAAUCACAGAUGUGUUUACUACCUUGUAUACUUUGUUAGCCUGUUUAAAAAGCAACACGUAUGUGAAUUCAUAGGUCUGCCUUUUCUGUGCCGUGGAGUUUAAUUGCCUUAACAAAAACAAGUGGUGUUUAACAAGAAUGACCAAGAAAAACCUGUCGACGUUUUAUACCAACCCUCAAUGUGCCUCACCACUUUUUUUUUUCUGAUGUUGUGACCAAAACAUGGCAACUUAUAAAUUACAUAUUUACUGUUUGAUAUUUUAGAAACUAAGCAAAAACACGUGGAUCUACUCCAUUACGACAGUUGAGAGAGGGAAAUUUGGUGCCAAAUGGAUCUGACAUCUGAAUGUAGAAUUGCAGCAAAUCUUUUUUUGCUUGUUUUUUCAGGAUGUACUAUCUGUUUACUGAAAUGUUCUCAAGCUACGGCAUUAUGUUUGUUUUUAUAGUAAAUGAGUCAAAUGUAAUUAUUGUACUAAAACUCUAAUUAAAAACUUCCUUUUGA